AUGUGCCCGGCUGUGAAUAAUUCUGCUGUGAAAUUUCCGACCUCUAUCGCUUCGUCCACAGACGCCAAGACAACGGUCAUCACUACUGCCUCUGUGCGACACAUCGUUGCUUCCCAGCCCGCAGUGCACACACACACUGGUACCUUCAGCCUACUCACGGAGCCGAUAAGUCUCCCAACGGUCUGCUGCUCUACCAGCUUGGCCCACAACGAUUCCAGCAAUUUCGGUUGCCACAUGAGGAAUCUUGAAUUGGGCACAAAUGCAACAGGAAAUGGCGCGGUGCUGCCUAGUGACGCUGGAGUUUCUGAUUCGGCGACUAUUUCGAGUCGACAGGCAGCUUCUUUCUCCUUCUCAGAGAACGCUUCUUCCCUUCCAUUUGCUAAGCCAGCCAUUGCCUCGAUUGCGGCUCAGUCAGACCUCGAGAAGACCAACGAGAACUUGGCCAUGAGGUGUGCAGACAAUUUGGGCUAUCGCAGAGAGUGGUCUGGCAAAGAGUCAGAUUUCCGGCCUGAAUUUGAGACUUGUGCUGCCGCUAAGUCAUGUUGUAAAUUUCCUCCUACAUCAGAAAAAACUCCAUCUACUGGAUCCACAUUAUUUAUGGGCCGGACAGGCAAUCGAGAUGAUGAAGAUUUACCCGGACAUAUUAUGAGGAUUAUGACUAAAGGUGGGUCUAUUAUUCCAUUAAUUGUUAAUUUAAUACGAACCGCCGAAGGAGUAGCUCACAUUAUUAUCUCUGCUAUGAGAUAUGUGCAUAGACAAGAUGGAUAUGUCGGAAAUAUUUAUUGA